GCGCGCGAGAGAGAGAGACACACGUUGCCGUCUGCCAUGGCCGACUUCCACAUCAAGAACAAGCGCACGGCGCUCGAGCGGAUAGAGAAGGCGCUGUCGCCUCUCUACUUCACCGACGUGAACCUGCGGGGCAGUCCGAUUCCGGGCUCGCGGCUUUAGACAUCAAGCGGGGAUGGAGCUGCAUCAAAUCUGACCCAACUCGUGCCGCGCCACCGUGUUGAAGCGUGGCCAAACAUGCCUCGCCUUGCCAUCCACCAGGCCUUCAUCCAGCAGUGGAUCGACAGAGGGCUGUGGUACAGUGGGUCUCUCCGGUUAUACCGGUGUGAUGUCCACUACAGAGGUCCUGGUGGCCUUCAGCUGUCGGCGACCCGACGUUAAAUGAGGAAUUUGGUGCGGCUGUAUGAAGAUGCCCGGCCGGUAUCUGCAUUGGCGGUGCAUCAUGCUGGAGGACGCAUUUCCUUCCAGGACGCCCAGUCUGCUACGUACGAGAGGACGCAGGUCGGGGAUUCCUAUGGACCCACCUGGUCCACACACUGGUUCCAAGUACACGUGGAGGUCCCGGAGGAGUGGACGUGCAAAUCUGGCGACGACGACGACGACGACGAGUGUGACGAGGUUCACCUGCUGUGGGAGUGCGAGGGCGAGUGCCUCCUGUUCCGAGACGGGCAGCCCGUGGCAGGCCUCACGACAGAGGGCGAGAAGACCAGCUACGUCGUUGGGCGGGCGAGACGCAGGACCCCCCCAUCGUCGUCUUCGUCGGCCGCGGUGGGAUUCUCCGGCACGGCCGGGGAUGCGAGCGGCAGAAGGAAGGACGCGGAAAACGAGCCGGCGACUGGGAAAACCUCCGCGCCAAUCGACCUCACGACGUCCACGAAAAAAGCCCUGCCACCGGCGCGGUCCUUCACAGCCUACGUGGAGAUGGCGUGCAACGGCCUGUUCGGCGCCGGCAGGGGCUCCAUGAUCGCACCGCCGGACCCUGAGCGGAAGUUUGCGCUGAAGCGCGCGGCGGUGGCGCUGUUCCGGCGCGAUGUGUACGAGCUGCUGACGGAUCUGGAGGUGAUCUACGAGGUGGCUUGCGGCCUGGCAGGAGAGGCGGACGGACGUGGCGGCGAGCAGCUUGGCUACCGCGCCCUCUACUGCGGCAACGCCGUUGCGAGCGCCUGCGCGGACGCUCCGCGGCCCGGCCCGGCAGGGGCCGCGCCGGCCGGCGACGACAGUGGCGACACGCGGGAGUGGGUGCGGCACGCCCGAGCCAUCUCGGGGGCAUUUUUCUCCGAGCCGUGGCCCGGAUGCGGCCACGGGAAGGAGAGAGGGGCGGCCGUCGCCGGGGGGUGGGCAGCCGGCUGCCGGGGAACGGUGGUGCACGCCAUGGGGCACUGUCACAUCGACACGGCAUGGCUCUGGCCCUACGAGGAGACGGUGCGCAAGUGCGCGCGCAGUUGGGCCACCGCCCUGCAGCUCAUGGAUCGUGACCCCGAGUUUACGUUCGUGUGCUCGCAGGCCCAGCAGCUGAGCUGGCUGAAGCAGCGCUACUCGUGCUCGCUGUAUCCGCGCGUGCGCGCCGCGGUGGCGCGCGGGGCCUUCGUGCCCGUGGGCGGCACGUGGGUUGAGUUUGACGGGAACCUCCCGUCGGGCGAGUCCCUCGUGCGCCAGUUCCUGCUGGGCCAGCGCUUUUUCCUGCACGAGUUUGGUGCCCGCUGCGACGAGUUCUGGCUGCCCGACACCUUCGGAUACUCCGCUCAGCUGCCGCAGAUCAUGACGUCGUGCGGCGCGCGGCGGUUCGUGACCCAGAAGCUGAGUUGGAACCUGGUGAACACGUUCCCCCACUCGACGUUCCACUGGGAGGGGCUGGACGGAACGCGAGUGCUCACCCACUUCCCCCCCGCCGAGUCGUACGGGUGCAAGGUGACCGUCGAAGAAAUUCUCAAAAGCGCUUCAAACAACCGGGACAAGGGUCGCACGCAGCACGCCCUCCUGCUCUACGGCUUCGGCGACGGCGGCGGAGGCCCCACGCUGGCCAUGCUGGACCGGCUGCGCCGCGUACGCAGCGUCGCCGGCUUGCCCCGUGCGACCUUCUCCACCCCCGCGCGAUUCUUCAACGCGGUGGAGGCGGAGGUGGACGAGGGCGAGCGGGGCGGCGACGGCGGCGGCAGCGGCGGUUUAGGUCGUUUGUGCACUUGGAGCGGAGAGCUCUUUCUUGAGAUGCACAACGGCACGUACACGACGCAGGCACGCGUCAAGCGCGGAAACCGCCGGUGCGAGGCGCUGCUCAGGGACGCCGAGGCGCUGUGCUGCCUGGCGCUGCUGGCUCAGAGCCCCGUGUACGCGGCUGAGCGCGCAGCAAGCGGUGCAGGAGACGGCUGCGGCGAAAUACGAGAUGAAAGUAAAAGCGGAACCGCCUCCGAGGGCGGUAACGCUUUCCCAGGAACCAACGCUUCCAGUGGUGGUACGGAGGGCAAGGCGAAUGACGACGACGAUGGUGAUGAUGAUGAUGAGGGCGACGAUGCGAUGGUGUUGGGAUAUCCCCGUCAGCAGCUGACGCGCCUGUGGGAGGGCGUCCUGCUGAACCAAUUCCACGACGUGCUGCCUGGCAGCUGCACGCGCCAGGUAGCACGUGACGCUGAGGAAAUCUACGGCGGAGUGGAGAUCGACGCCGGGCAGAUCGCCCGCGACGCCAUGGCGGCUGUCGUGCAGCGCGAGCCGGGCGUCGGAGACUUCCCGCGUGACCCCAUCGCGUUCUUCAACACGCUCGGCUGGGAAAGAACGGAGGUGGCAGCGUUGCCGGGCCGCGGCGUGAACGGCUACCUCGGAAGAGACCGAUUCGUCCCAAAUUCUAAGAUUGUUUACGGUCGGUAUGUGAAGGGCGACGCCCCCGUCACGGGACAUGAGAGCGACGAGAGACGCAGCGACAAAGCCGAUGGCGUAGAUGGCCAAGAAGACGCUUCCGCUGGUCUGGUUCUCGUCACCGUUCCGGCCUUCGGCUAUUCCGUCUACAGCGAAGCCUCACUGCUGGCCAGCGCGGCCAAGUCUCUCGCUGUAAUACUGCACCACGAGUCUGACAGCCGCGCGGUCCUGGAGAAUGAUCUGCUCCGUGUGUCGGUGGAUGGCGCGGGGCGGUUGACUUCGCUCAUCCACAAGCCGUCGGGCAGGGAGGCAGUGACCCCGGGCCAAAAGGCGAACCAGCUGGUGAUGUUCGACGACGUGCCGCUGUACUGGGAUGCGUGGGACGUCAUGGACUACCAUCUGGAGACGCGGAAGCCUCAGGAGCGGACCUCCGAGCCGCUCCGGGUUCUCACGAACGCUGCGGGAAUCCGCGUCGCCGUGCGUGCGUGCCUGCACCUGGGAGAGCGUAGCCGGGCGACCGUGGACAUCUCGCUGGACGCAGGAAGCCCAUUCGUUCGGUUCGAUGUCACCGCCGCUUGGCACGAAAACCGCCGUUUCCUGAAAACGGAAUUUCCCGUGGCGGUGCGCAGCAGCGGCGGCGAGGCCACGUACGAGAUCCAGUUUGGGCACGUUCGCAGGCCCACGCACCGCAACACGUCGUGGGACUGGCCGCGCUACGAGGUGUGGGCCCACCGCUGGGCUCACCUCGGCGAGCACGGCUUCGGCCUCGCUCUGCUCAACGACUGCAAGUACGGCCACUCGGCACGCGGGAACGUCCUAUCGCUCUCGCUGCUGAGGUCGCCCAAAGCGCCGGACCCAGAGGCUGACAUGGGGGAGCACACGUUCGCGUACGCGGCCAUGCCGCACCAAGGCAGCUUCCAGAACGCCGGCGUUAUCCGCUGCGCGAGCGCCUUCAACCAUCCGUUGAAAGUGCAGCGCACGUCCUCCAGCAGCGCGGCGGGUGGCGCCCAGAAUUCCUCCGUGGCUUCCUCCGUUGCUCCGGAAAGCUCGAGUAAGCAAGAUGCGGCACUGACCGUUGACGCCGCGCCUAGCGAGGUAUUCAACGAGGAAGCGUGCCGGAGUCUUCCUGCCGCGCCCAGCGGCGGCCCGCGUGUCAAACAGAUUUCCCAGCGCGGCUUCUUCACCGUGGAGCCGCCCUCCGUGGUCGUGGAGACGCUGAAGCUUGCCGAAGGUUGGCCUGGCCACGCAGGCGGCCACUGGGCCGGGACCGGGGUGGUGCUGGUGGUACGUCUCUACGAGUCCCACGGCGGGGCGGCCGUGGCGAGGUUGCGGUGCCGUUGCUCGCCGGACCUGCCGCUCAUUUCAGCUGUGCCGUGCAACAUGCUCGAAGACGCCGACGACACCGAGCCACCGCUUGUCGUCAAGGACGAAGGUUAUGAUGAUAAAGAGAAUGUGCCUGAGCAAGUGACGGAAGGCAAUGACGGUCCCAAUCAAAAACAGGCAAAGAGACCUCGGUCCGGUCCGGCCUGGCGCUGUGUCCUCGUGCCUUUUAAAGCGUUCCAAAUUCGCACGCUCUCUCUGCAUUUUGGCCAGCCCACACUUGUGCUGUAAACGAAAGUUUUUUCAAAUUGCAUUGACAAGAUAAUGACGCUACCCUUGAGGUGCUGAGAAUAUCUUCGUGUUAAAUAACUCCACCUCCUCCAGGCACUUGGUGUUUUGCACCAGAGACAGACUUUGAUGUCUUUCUGCUUUAUCUUGCACCGAUGUUUGCAUCGCAUGCAUCGGUUUUAACGGUUCAAGUAGCAAACAAAAGUCCCAUAGAGAGAACACUGAUAGACGCACGAGGCGGCAUCUUUAGUGCUGCAGAGAAGAGAAUGUGACCAGAGACCAAAUAAUUGAAGCAGAAUGACGAAGUCAAACUAAUAAACGUAGUGAUUUGUCAAAUCCAUUGUUAGAGGAAGCCCCAUAUCGGUCAUGAGGGUUGUUGUAAAUUUCACCGCGCUGGGCGGAACAGAAUUGGUGUACACGUCACCACUGAUGUUAGCUUGGAUUCAAACUCUGGUCCCCUGGUUCACAACGCAGUGCGCAAACCACUGUACCGCCACACCCACCCCUUGAUGCUUAAUUUAUUACAAGUUUGUUCAUAAUCGAUUGUGAGAAUCGCGAUGUUGAAAGAGGAAAUUAUGGUGCGAGACAUUGAUUCAGCGGCAGUAUUUCUGUUCGUCCAAAUGUUUUGUUUGAUUAAAGUCGCCGAUUUUUUUGCCGAAAUUAUGCCGAUUCCUCAUGAAAUUCGCCAAAAAAUGUGGAUAUUGACAAUCGUUAUAGAAACGGAUCUUUUUUGCAAGAAGGACCUGGAUUUCUAGGUGAUUUCUCAAGUCUUAUAAAAUCCUUGGUUGCUAAAAUAAUUGUCCGUUUAUGUGAAUAAAGUUUAUGGCUU